UAAUUUGCUAUUUAUAAGAGCUUUAUUUUAGUGGACUUAUAGCUGAUCGUGUUAAUCUUAGAUAUUUCUUAACAGUUGGAAUGAUAGGUAGUGGGGUCUUUGUUGGAAUGUUGGGUGUGGCUUACUUUGCUGAUAUUCAUCAUCUUGCCUAUUAUAUUGUUAUACAAAUUUUUGUUGGAGUUUUUGAGUCGACAGGUUGGCCUGGUGUAGUAGCAGUAAUGGGUAAUUGGUUUGGUAAGAAGAACCGUGGUUUAUUAAUGGGUGUAUGGAACUCUCACACAUCAGUUGGUAAUAUAUUGGGAACUGCAGUUCCUUCAUUAUUUGCAAAGAAAUGCGACCCAUGGGGAUGGGCUUUUUUGAUUCCAGGAUUUGUGAUGAUUUUUGUUGGCUGUGUAAUAUUCUUUUUCCUGGUCUUAGAUCCUGAUGAUGUUGGUUUGCCUUCUCCUCAGCACCAUGAGGUUAGAGAGCCUCGACCACAAAAAAAUGGAAUGUCAUACAAGAAAGAAAGUGACCUAACAGCAGACACUAAUAUAAGGACAUCAGGAAAAUUGUCUAUAGAAAAUGAUACUAACGAAAAUUCACCACUUAUAGAUAAAUCUCCUGAUACUGAAAAGUCUAAAGGUAAAGCUGUUGGCUUACUGAGAGCAUUGACAGUUCCUGGAGUGGUAGAGUUUGCUGUGUCACUUUUCUUUGCAAAGAUGGUUGCUUAUACCUUCCUGUUCUGGCUCCCUUACUAUGUAGCAUACAAUCGCAUUGGUGGGCGGUAUAUUGGUGAACAGAAAGCCGAUCUACUGGCUACUCUUUAUGAUAUAGGAGGAAUAAUUGGAGGUAUAACUACUGGUGCUCUUUCUGAUGUCAUCAAUGCAAGAGCUAUAUCAUGUGUCAUAAUGCUCUAUUGUGCUGUACCAACAUUGUUCAUGUAUCGAUAUUUUGGCGUUAAAUCAGUUGGAGCAUCAAUAGCGUUAAUCAUAUUUUGUGGUCUGUUCAUCAAUGGUCCUUAUGCUCUCAUCACAACUGCUGUAUCUAGUGAUCUUGGCACACAUGAAUCACUGAGAGAGAAUCAGAAAGCUAAAGCAACAGUGACUGCCAUCAUUGAUGGUAUGGGAUCACUAGGAGCUGCUUUUGGACCACUAGUAACUGGAUUUGUAUCUGAUUACUUUGGCUGGGACAGUGCAUUUUAUGUUCUAAUGGGCUCGUGCUUCAUUUCAUCAUUGAUGCUGAGCAGAUUAGUUGUAGGCGAAGCAAGAUAUUUCUAUAGAAAGUUUAAAACUCAGACAAAGAAUCAGGUGUAUGCUCCUAGAAUAGCAAGCAAGGAGUCAACUAUGAUGUGAAAGAUGUUUUUUAAUGUAUUUGCACUGACAAUUAUUUUUA